AUGGGUAAAAAGGGUGGAAAAACGGAAGACAGAGGAGUUAAAUCAUCCGAUUUCUCAAACUAUCAAAGUAUAGAUGCUCGACCUACUGGUUUGAAUCAGAUAUUUGCAUCUUUCAGCAAUAUUUAUCUAUCUCAAACCGGAACUAACAAUGUCGAGUCCUCUGGUAAGGUAAAGGGGCCAGAAGAUUCGUAUUUGACUGUAGUUGAGUCACAAUCGGAGGUUUUAACACUUUUGAACAAGCUUAAUAAGAAAGAUGCUGUGACUAAAUCAAAGGCUUUAGAAACACUCAACUCUUUAAUCGACACAUUAUCAGAUGUUGUAGUGGAAGAGCUAAUUGUGGACAUCAUUCAUGUCAUUAGGAGGCUGAUAAUUGUAGAACCUGUGAGGAAAAUAAGAAGUGAACUGGGUGUUCUACUCUUUAAAAUUGCACUAAAGUUGAAAAAGAAAACACAGCGUUAUUUGGAAUCCUUUAUAACAUACUGGUGGAUAGCAAUGCAUGAUGAUUCAAACGAUGUCGCAGAGAUCUAUGUUUCGGCUUUUAAGAACCUGUUCACAACAACAUGUUCAAAUGAAGAGUUUGAACAAAAGACAUUUCGUAUACUGAUGUUCUAUAUUGAUAGGCUCUCUUGCGAUUAUACUACAUUCGUGGAGAAAAAUAUAACUAGUUAUACCACCGAUUGGAUUGAUAUAUUUGGAAAGUCGUGCCAAAAUAGCGCUACUAUCGCAGAUAUGCAUAAUAGGUUUUUAUAUGCCUUGAUGCACUCUUUAAUGAAGUUUUUUAUUUAUUUUAGGCUUUAUGGCUCACAGUCUGAUUCAUAUGGAAAUUUUUGUCUUGAAAAGUUGGUAAAUAAGCGAUUUAUAGAAUAUUGUCGUGAUAUUUGUAAAUCGGGAUCCUUCAAACAGAGGCUCUCCUGCCUAAAAAUGCUUGUAGAACUAGUAAAAAUGCUCGACCAGACUCAGUUUGACUAUGUGAAGGAUAUUUUAAAGAUAGCUCUAGAAUGUAUAAAGAUGGACAAUGAAACACAUAUUGUAUAUCAUAACGUUCGUCUAAUUUGUGCCUGCACCAGGUACAAUAAUGCCUGUAUUGAGCCUUCUAUUUUAUAUUCAUACGAUACCCUCUUGAUUUCUAUCCUUGAUAGAUGUAAAGGGAAUGUAGGUAACAAGAUUGAGUUCUAUUUCUUGUUUCCUUCACUAGUCACUUAUUUACCAAAAGAGUGGGUAACAGGAACAGGACGCAAAUGUCUUCUUCAUGUGCUGGAACAUAUUGUAAAUUUGAUUAAGGAAGAAAUUUCAGAUGCUAAAAAAAACUUUUACACCUUUGACGCAAAGCUAUUCAGCCAACUAGGAAGUUGUAUGCUUUGUUGCUACUACAAGAUACUUUUACAGCUUGAGUCCAUGGAUAUCACUCUUGUAGAGUACAUUUAUCUACCUUUUCAAAUUUUGUUUCUGUGCCAAGAUCUUUGCAAAACUUUUAUAUCGCAGCUGCCUAAAAUUUUUAGCGAAUUUAUAGAGGAAUCUUGUCUAAUGACAAAACAUCCAAAUUUAUACGAUGCCGUUGUAAAUAAGCUUGUUGAACUAUCAACAGAUAUAAAAAAUGUUGCGUUUAUGAUUACAAUCUUUAAUUCACUUGAGAAUACGCAUAAAAGGUUUAAUACAGAAUCAAACUUCCGAAAAGUGCAGAUGGGCUUGAUUGAUAGUUUAGUAUAUGAGGAGUUUCCAAGAUUAUUGGAAGAAUAUCUAAAGGGAGGAAUCUUGUCUGAAGAAAUAACAUCUGUUUUGAAUGCUUUGGGAGUGUUUUCUUUGCAGGAGUUGCGUACAGAAUCAAAACUUUUCGAUGUUCCAACAAGAUUAUUUUCGGGUAUCAAUGAUGAAGCAUUUGAAGCCAAAUUUCAAGUUAUAAGGGAUGUUUUUUCAAUUAUUUUCGGUUCUAUCGAUGUUGAACGGUUGGUUAGGGUGUAUGAUGUUGGCUCUACAAAUUUCCUAUUUGCAUCACUUGUUGCAAUGAACAUUUCACCUGGAAAAUCGGUUUAUAUUCUUAAGGAUAUUUUUUCCAAAAUCUUCGAUACAAAUGACCCAUUUGUAUCAUUUUUAUUGGUAAAAAUUAUACAGAAUGUAACUUCUAGCGUCUAUAGUGAAAUGAUAGAUUGGUCCACAAAAUUGUCACAUAUUGAUGAAGAUAUUGUUUCAAGUGUUGUUGCAAACGUAGAUCCUACACUAUUGGAUGAUAGAAGACGUGCGGUGUUGGCAGUUUUUUCUGUAAUUUCAUCCUUAUACUCUGGUGAAGUAUCUGAUAUUUACCCUAUAGGGUAUAUUACCGAAGAUGUCAUAACAUUAUACCUAUAUGCCUUCUACAAGGAAAAGAUUUUUCCCUUCAAACAUUUUGUGAGUUUUGUUAUAAACAAUCUGUUAGACGCUUGGGUAUUGGAAAAUAAAUCCAUUGUGAACGAGGAAAUAUGCGAGAAAUGCUAUGCCUCUUGUGAGACGUUCUUGGAAAAGGAAGAAGACAUGACCGCAGAAUUUGGAUCUACAUUAGCAAAUUUACAAGGUCCAGUAAGGUUUACUAGUACAAUGCUAAAUGUUGUUGGGUAUUUGAGUAAAGGAAUGUCCCUGGAUGUUUUGCAUAGGAAGAUUUUCAAUAUAUUCAUUAGUGUAUGGCUUAACCAUGUACACGAAGUAACAGAGAGUGAUCUGAAGAUAUUCUACAAACCAUUUAUAAGGAGUAUAAUUAGCUUGGGAGUUGAUUAUUCUACGGACGGAUAUAGGGCUCUUUCUACUCUCUUUUCAAUUCACAAGUUGAACGUCAAAAGUGCUCAAGAAAACUUUAUAAUUGAGUUGGUUAAUGAAUUUAUGAGUAUUGUAGAGUAUGAUAAUUUGAAGGUUUUGCAUGAAAAUGUACAAAUAUUCGAAUAUUACUACGGGUCAAUGGAAUAUAAGGAAGGUGUAUUCUGUAUCAUAAGAUCAUUUUAUGAAACUAAUCCCUUUGCUGCAAACUUUUCGUCUGUUAUUUACCGUAUAAACACCUUUUCAUGUCCUGAGAUUAUGGAGGAUAUUCACAAAAUUACUGCUAUUUUAGCUUCAAAACCAAGUAUAACAAGUACCACAAACCACAUUGUGCAUCUAGGAAUUCUUAUAGACAAUUUGUCUAGGGAUAAUGUAAAUGCUGAUGAAUUUUCGUUCGAAGAUGUUUAUAGGGACAUUGUAAGAUCGAUUCUAAAAUAUGUAGCAAGUUUGGACAAUUGUGAAUUCGUGUGGCUCUAUCACGCCAUAUCUGUAUUCUUCUCAAAUACCCUAGAACUCACAAUCUUAUACAAGGACUACCUUUCGGAAAUAUACAAUAUAUUUGUUGUAAAAACAAUUGUUUACCUCUAUAAAGUACCCACUGAGCUGUCUAUUGUUGUAUUUUACAACAUUUUAGCGCUUUGUUUCAAACAUGGAAUCUUCCAGUUUGACGAUUCUGAAAGGACAGAGUAUGAAUUCACAUUAGAGGCCCUAAAUGAAUAUCUUGAUGUUGUAAAUGGACUUUCUUUAGAAAAUUGUACAAUGUAUUUGAACGGUGAGACAGAAUUCAACUGCUGUGAAGCACAUUAUAUCUUUGUUGUUGCCGUAAAACUUUUGAAAAACGCACCAAAAAGUUGCACAGAAGAGGUGAAGGAAUGUAUAUAUUCGUUUCUAGAAUUUUUAAAUACUGGUCACAUUCCAGCAUGUUACCUUUUCGUCUUGAUAUCCGAACUAUGGUCUUGUAAAAUCCUAUAUCCACAACUUUCCGAAUUCAGCAGCAUAUUUACAAAGUUUUUAAGGACAAAGGAACAUAUAAUAUCCCUACCAAAGGCUGCUCUUCCUCCAUUCUUUCUUCUUGGUGACUACAAGAGGCUAGAUUUGUCACAGUUGAUCUACAAUCUCUGUCAAUAUUCUAUAGACGAUGUUCAAGUUGUACAGGGAGUUGAUGAACUAGAAGAGGAAGCUGAAAACGAGAACAAUUCAACAGAAUGUGAUCCCCAACUCUAUAUUAACGGUACAAGGCUCUUGGUGUUGUACCUAAAUAUUCUGGUUGGACCAUAUAUUGCUGACAAUAUCUUAAACACCCACAAACUUAUACAAAAUACACAAUCAUGUGAUAUGGAGAAUUGUCUAAUAUCAUGGCUCACGCUUCUAAAAACAGUUGCAAGGUAUAAAGAAUUGAACAAUUUAAAUUAUGCAAACGGAAUUAUAAAGUUGCUUACAAUGAAACCUCAGGAUUUAGGUAAAUAUGUGGAAGAAUCUUUACAAAGUGGAAUUGAUCUUGCCGUAUUGGAAUCUACUAAUUUGUCCCAAGACUGUAAAUAUUGGUGGUUAAGGAAUUUUUCUGAUCUAUCUUGUCCAUUUCAAGAGUCCUUGUUACACAUGUUUCUUAAUCUCUUGAUACUUUGUCUACAACAGCUGCUGAUAAAGGAUAAGCAAUGCUAUGAGAUUGUAAAGAUGCUUUACUUUAAAACUGCAAAAAUGUUCCCGGGUGAAGUUGGAGAAAUGUGGAACAAUUGUAAGAACAGCUACGUUAAGAAGCAAAUUAAAAAGUUUACAAAGAGUGAAAUAACUCAAAAAAUUAUAGAGGAUGAGAUACAAAUCAUAAAAAUGAACGGACUGGACAACCUUCAAAUCAUGUACGAUGCUGGAAACAGAAUUAUAAAUGCGAAGCUGAGCACAAAGGCUGAGGUACCGACUAAAAUUUCAAUAAAAAUUCCCUCAACAUUUCCGCUGGUUCCGUUAUCAUUUACUACAGAAGAGGAUAAUAGUACCUUCAAGCAAAAGUAUCUAAAAUGGAUCAUGCUCGCACAAAGCGAGGCCAACCGGAGUGGAAUCUCACAGGGGCUCUACCUCUGGUGUAAUAACAUUGCAAAAUUCUUCGACGGAAUAAGCGAAUGUCCCAUAUGUUACUCAAUUGUUCACGCUCAAUUCAACACAAUACCGAGCAAAAUUUGCAAAGUUUGCAAGUACAAGUUCCACACCGAGUGUAUCUACAAGUGGUUCAGAACUGCCCAAAAGGCAAAAUGUCCUCUAUGUCAAUCACAAGUCUCAUUUGCGUCGUAUUCAAUGUAA